AGUACCUAGGUAAGCCUCAUCCUAAAGUCCAGAUCCCCUUAGCCGCUUUUAUAGCACGGCGCCAAGAAAUGAAGCAUCUCGUAGCGGAACCUCUGGAUCGGGGCGAUUGGCCAUAUCCAUCCGAGACAAAUGCACCUCCAAUACCUCGCAAUCUGGUUGAUCCCGAGGAUCUGACUGGCGAACCCUUCUCGCACGAGUCGGCCCCUGUUUUAUACUGCCGCCCCCAAUUUUGCACAUUAAGCGGCCGGACGAAGCACAGCCCGGCGGGACGCCUUACACAACCUCAACUUCGAACCGCAGACUUCCCUAGAUCUCCUCCGUGGAGCAUUCACGUAACCCCUCUUCUCUCUCUCUCUUCCCUCUCAUGCUACAACAAUGAUCUCCCUUCUCCUUCUCCUCUCUCCUGCACUCGCGCUAGCAGCACGCUCCUGCUACUCCCGCAACGGCACCCUAAUUGACUCGCCCGCGUACCAGGCCUGCAACAACGACACCUCGCACGACUCCGUCUGCUGCGGCAUCAACCACUCCGGCGCGGGAGACACGGGCGUCGCAGACGAUACAUGCGAGACGAAUGGACUAUGCCAGAACUGGGCUGGAGAUGAUGGAACCGGCGAUCCGCCGAUGCUGUGGUGGAGGCAGGGUUGUACGGAUCCUACGUGGGCGAGCCCAUAUUGCUUGAAGGAUGUUUGUAAUUUCGGGCUGUGGCAGAAUGACAAUGCGCCUGUGCAGAAAUGCGGUGAUAACCAGUGGUGCUGCGGCGACGCGAAUUGCUGCAGUAUAACGACGAGCGUGUUCGCGCUCGCUGCAACCGUCGGACCGACAUCGGCAUCGACAUCAGCAUCGGCUUCUCUACCUACUUCUGCUCCAGCCACAACGACCCCUCCCACAUCCACGCCUACGUCUACAUCGCCACCCGCACCCGCCAACAAUAUCCUCACCACAGGAGCAAAGGUCGGCGCCGGGCUCGGUGUCGGCCUAGGUGUCAUCAUGCUCGGCAUCAUCGUCGUUCUCGGGUUGAAGCUAAGGCGAAAGAGGAAAACGGCCGAUAUACCGCCGCAGAAUGGAGGAGCGGGCGAGAAACAGAGCGCGACGGUGUAUGGAUAUCACCCUGUGUCGCCUCCGCCGGCGGAAUUGCAUGGGCAAGCCCUUGCUGCGGAGAUCGGUGCGGAGCGGCAGAGAGCGGAGUUGGAUGGGGAUAGGGAUGGAGCGGGAAGGAGGUGAGAAGGUUGGUUUGGAGAGAGAUAGGAAGAGAUUCUAGGGGAUACUUAAGGGGAGAUCAGUAUCUCGCCGGGCGUCCGAGACGGCUGAUGCGCCUGAGUCCGCAUUUUCGCCUGCCUUCCGGACGCGCCAGGGCCAGUGAAGUGGUGCAAAUAGAUAAC